UUUUGUCUGUUUCUUUCUUUUUUUCUCGUUAUCAUUCUCUACUGUUCAAUCCUGACUUUCUUUCUUUUCUUUUUCUUUUCUCUUGUUUUCUCUGUUUCUCUGAGAGAGAGUAGGGAGGAGAAGAGGGCUGUUCAUGGUUUGAGUGAGUAAGAAUGGAGUGGGAAAAUAAUCAAGAAAAUCAACAGCAACAGCAAGAAAAUCAGAAUCAGAGAGAACACAGAAAUGGAAAUAAUAUCACCAGUGUUCAUGGGAAUAAUGGGAAUGGAGGAAUGCUGUACGUCAAGGUCAUGACAGAUGAGCAACUUGAAACUCUUAGGAAGCAAAUUGCUGUUUAUGCCACCAUUUGUGAGCAGCUUGUUGAGAUGCACAAGACCCUCUCUGCCCAGCAAGAUCUUGCAGGAGGCAGGCUAGGAAAUCUGUACUGCGAUCCAUUAAUGGCUUCUGGUGGACACAAAAUUACUGCCAGACAGCGUUGGACUCCGACACCUGUGCAGCUUCAAAUUCUGGAACGUAUCUUUGAUCAGGGGAAUGGAACUCCAAGCAAGCAAAAGAUUAAAGAGAUAACCUCUGAACUCAGCCAGCAUGGACAAAUUUCUGAAACAAAUGUGUACAAUUGGUUCCAAAACAGGCGUGCACGAUCAAAAAGAAAACAAUUGGUUGCCUCAUCUAACAAUGCUGAAUCAGAAGUGGAAACAGAAGUUGACUCACCGAAUGAGAAGAAGACAAAACCAGAAAUAUUUCACUCCCAGCAAAACCCUCCAAGGGCCGACGAUCUGUGCUUCCAGAGCCCUGAGAUAAGCUCUGAAUUGCAUUUCUUGGGUGUGUUACCAAAUCAAAGAGACGACCACCUAACUGGAAAGAUGGGAGUACCGGGAAGCUACAAUCUUUAUGAUCAGGCAGAGGACUAUGGCAUGGCAGGAUGACAACCUUUUUGUGUGCUGAUGCUAAUUUGUUUGACGAACUUUUAUCUUACUGGGAAGUCAUGGCUUUCUAAGAUAGGUUGUUCUCUUAACAAUGAAAACAAGAGACGAUUUAUUCUGUUUGUAAGAUAACACCAUCCGUUAAAGUGUAGCAGAGUCAGUUAUAGUUUUAAUGAUGGUUGUAAGUUGGAGAAUGGACAGACAUGUAGCGCAUUAUAAUCUUAUUUGGAUUGUGUGUUAAUAGAUUUAUGUUGAGGAGCUUCUUAAGUUUGUAAGUGAAAA